AUGGAGUCCCUCUUCCCUGCCCCAUUCUGGGAGGUCUUGUAUGGCAGCCACUUUCAAGGCAACCUGUCUCUCCUAAAUGAGACUGUACCCCACCACCUGCUGCUCAAUUCUAGCCACAGCACCUUCCUGCCCCUUGGACUCAAGGUCACCAUCGUGGGGCUCUACUUGGCUGUGUGCAUCGGGGGGCUGCUGGGGAACUGCCUCGUCAUGUAUGUCAUCCUCAGGCAUACCAAGAUGAAGACAGCUACCAACAUUUAUAUAUUUAAUCUGGCACUGGCUGAUACCCUGGUCUUGCUGACACUGCCCUUCCAGGGCACAGAUAUCCUACUGGGCUUCUGGCCAUUUGGGAAUGUACUAUGCAAGACUGUCAUUGCUAUUGAUUACUACAACAUGUUCACUAGCACUUUCACCCUGACUGCCAUGAGUGUAGACCGCUACGUGGCCAUCUGCCACCCAAUUCGUGCUCUUGAUGUUCGGACGUCCAGCAAAGCCCAGGCUGUUAAUGUGGCCAUUUGGGCCCUGGCCUCAGUGGUUGGUGUUCCUGUUGCCGUCAUGGGCUCAGCACAAGUGGAGGAUGAAGAGAUCGAAUGCUUGGUGGAGAUCCCUGCCCCUCAGGACUACUGGGGCCCUGUGUUUGCCAUCUGCAUCUUCCUUUUCUCCUUCAUCAUCCCUGUGCUGAUCAUCUCUGUCUGCUACAGCCUCAUGAUUCGGCGACUCCGGGGUGUCCGUCUGCUUUCAGGCUCCCGAGAGAAGGACCGGAACCUGCGUCGUAUCACACGGCUGGUGCUGGUGGUGGUGGCUGUGUUUGUGGGCUGCUGGACACCUGUGCAAGUCUUUGUGCUGGUACAAGGACUGGGUGUUCAGCCAGGCAGUGAGACUGCAGUAGCCAUUCUGCGCUUCUGCACAGCCCUGGGCUAUGUCAACAGCUGUCUCAACCCCAUUCUCUAUGCUUUCCUGGAUGAGAACUUCAAGGCUUGCUUUAGAAAGUUCUGUUGUGCUUCAGCCUUGCACCACCGGGAGAUGCAGGUUUCUGAUCGUGUGCGCAGCAUUGCCAAAGAUGUGGGCCUUGCUUGCAAGACUUCUGAGACAGUACCACGGCCGGCAUGA